AUGCCCCCGCGCCGACGUCCUCCUCCUGCGGGGGCCCGAACAGACCUUCCUCCGCUAAAGAUCGUGCGAAAGAUUGUCCUGCUUCAGCUUGCCUAUUAUGCCUCUGCGACGAUCUUGAUCCUGUUCACCACUCUGGUCUAUGGCACCGCAUUCUCGUUCGACCUCGUCUUCAGCUGGGAUGCGUUGAGGGGGGAUACAACCAUCGGGUGGGUGCUAGGGUUGGUGUGGAUGUUGAACAGUGUCCUCGGUGUUAUUUUCCUGCUACUAUUUGUAGCGCGCUCCAAGUUGAUCCCCGAUUUUGCACUGACCUUGCACUUCCUGCACCUCGUCGCAACCACUCUAUACACACACUCCCUCCCUACCAACUGGCUUUGGUGGGGUCUCCAGUGCGCCAGCGCUGCUUUGAUGAUCUUCCUUGGUAUGUGGGCUUGUCAGUGGCGGGAGCUCCGACCGAUCAGUUUUGGGGGUAUCGGGGGGAAGAGUAGCGACCGGCAACAACCCAGGGGUUCCUCGGAGACCCAAGCGGGCGAGAAUGGUCAGUUGUCUCGGGGGAGAGACCGCGAGCGCAGCCAGGAUGGCAGUAAUGAGUACGAGAUGGCUGAGAUGAAGGGUACGGGUGAACAAGCCGUAUAA